AGAGGCUGGCCCACGAGCCAAUGGAAGAGAACUUUGCUGGUUGCUAAGGAAACCCCAAGCGGCAAGAUGGCAGCCGCCGGCCAUGGGAGCCCGAGCUCCAGCCUGCCUCGCCGGGACCCACCGAGGCCGCCGCGGGACGGUUAUGGUGUCUACGUGUACCCGAAUUCUUUCUUUCGAUAUGAAGGAGAAUGGAAAGGAGGAAAGAAACAUGGUCGGGGGAAGCUGCUGUUUAAAGAUGGGGGCUAUUACGAAGGCGAGUUCACGGACGGGGAGAUCACGGGGGAAGGCUGCCGGAUCUGGGCCUCAUCAGGGAACACCUAUUCGGGACAGUUUGUUUUGGGAGAACCUCAAGGACGUGGCGUCAUGAAGUACAAAGCUGGUGGAUGUUACGAAGGGGAGCUCUCCCACGGCAUGAGAGAAGGAUACGGGCGUCUGGUGGACCGGGACGGACAAGCCUACUGGGGGUGGUUCCAUGACAACCAGCGACACGGCCAAGGACACAUGGUCUUCCGGAACGGUGACGAGUACGAAGGCGACUGGGUCCGGGACCAGCGUCAGGGGCACGGGGUGCUGCGUUGUGCCGACGGCUCCACCUAUGAGGGACAGUGGCACGGUGACGUCUUCAGCGGCCUGGGCAGGAUGACCCUCUGCUCCGGGGCCGUCUACCGCGGGAUGUGGAUCAAUGGCCACCCGGCGGCACAAGCCAGGAGGAUCGUGAUUCUGGGUCCGGAGGUGAUAGACGUGGCCCAGGGGUCUUCCUUCGACUUGAACGUUCAGCUACAGCAGGACAGCGGGGAAGUUGCCGAGAGCGAGGAUGGCCGGGUUUUGAAGAUCUCGGCUGGCGUCAGGUACGUGCAGCUUCCGGCCUACUCAGAGGUCAGCUUUUUCAAAGUGGACAAGGACAACCCGGAGACACCCUUCCAGACCCCGUUUGGCUUUGAGUGCAUCGCCUAUCCUCUGUGGAGCCCCAAGUCUGGGCCCUUGGAGCCCAGAGCUGCCCUGGAAAGUGCCAGAGGAGAUCCACUGCUCCCCAGGGGAGACCGGGAGCCAGCAGCGGCAUCAGACACAUCUCGAGGCCAGAGGGACAUCCCCGGUGGCCCUCCCGGAGAAGCCCGGGGAUGCGAGCCCCACUGUCCUGAGGACUGCAGGCGAGUGGAACAAGGUUGUGCCCGGUUCUCGGACGUCUGCCUUGGGCCCCCCCCGCCCGGGUACAGCCCCAUCCUCUUCCUGGACGACCCCCGUGAGAAGGCAGGUGGCAGGCCCAGAGGGGGCCUGGGUCCCGGCAGGACGCCCACCACGCGGGACCCGCCAGGAGGCAGCAGGCCUGACGGGGCGGCCACCGCAGAGCCCGCGGCUGCGGCCUUCCCAGGGGAGUAUGUCGUCAUGAUCCGCGAUGUGACCGACCCUCCCUUCCUGGGCCACGUGCUGCCCACCGCCUUCAAACACCUUCGGGUCUCGGGGAAGGGGACGGACCGGCAGCCCCACAUCCCUGGAGAAGGCCCUGAAUCCCUGAGCUAGAAGAACCAUCCCCAU